GACACAUGCCUAAUUUAAGGUGAAGCCAUGAAGACAAAGCAGAACGGAUCAUAAUGCUUUUCCGUAACCGUUUCUUCCUGCUGCUGGCCUUGGCUGCCCUGCUGGCCUUCCUGAGCCUCAGCUUGCAGCUCUUGCACCUGAUACCUGUCUCGGUCACCAAGAAUGGCGCAAGCAGCAAGAGUCGGAAGAGAAUCCUGCCCGACCCUGUGACAGAACCACCUGUGACAGACCCCGUGUAUGAGGCUCUCUUGUACUGCAACCUGCCAAGCGUGGCUGAGCGCAGCAUGGAAGGCCACGCCCCGCAUCAUUUUAAGCUGGUCUCAGUGCAUGUGCUCAUUCGUCAUGGAGACAGGUACCCACUGUAUGCCAUUCCCAAAACAAAGCGACCAGAGAUUGACUGCACCCUGGUGGCCAACAGGAAGCCGUACCACCCAAAGCUGGAAGCUUUCGUGAGCCACAUGUCAAAAGGAUCCGGAGCCUCUUUCGAAAGCCCCCUCAACUCCCUGCCUCUCUACCCCAACCACCCACUGUGUGAGAUGGGGGAGCUCACGCAGACAGGCGUGGUGCAGCAUCUGCAGAACGGCCAGCUGCUGAGAGACAUCUAUCUCAAGAAACACAGACUACUGCCCAGCGACUGGGUGCCAAGCCAGCUGUACCUGGAGACCACUGGCAAAAGCCGCACCCUCCAGAGCGGGCUGGCCCUGCUCUAUGGGUUUCUGCCUGAUUUCGACUGGAAAAAGAUUUAUUUCAGGCACCAGCCAAGCGCCUUGUUCUGUUCUGGAAGCUGCUACUGCCCAGCGAGGAACCAGUAUCUGGAGAAGGAGCAGCGUCGGCAGUACCUCCUGCGCUUGAAAAACAGCCAGCUGGAGAGGACCUACGGGGAGAUGGCCAGGAUCGUGGACGUCCCAACCAAGCAGCUGCGAGCCGCCAAUCCCAUUGACUCCAUGCUCUGCCACUUCUGCCACAACAUCAGCUUCCCCUGCACCCGCCACGGCUGCAUUGGCAUGGAGCACUUCAGGGUGAUCAAGAUGCAUCAGAUAGAAGACGAGAGAGAGCGGCGGGAGAAGAAGCUGUACCUGGGCUACUCACUGCUGGGCGCCCACCCCAUCCUGAACCAGACCGUGGCCCGCAUGCAGCGCACCGCCGAGGGCGGAAAGGACGAACUCUUUGCCCUCUACUCGGCCCACGAUGUCACCCUGUCCCCUGUGCUCAGCGCCUUGGGGCUCGAAGAAGCCAGGUUCCCAAGGUUUGCGGCCAGACUCAUCUUCGAGCUGUGGCAGGACCGAGGAAAGCCCACACAGCAUGCCAUCCGAGUCCUCUACAACGGCGGCGACGUCACAUCCCUCACCUCCUUCUGCCGGGACCACCACAAGCGUUCGGCCAAGCCCAUGUGCCCUCUGGAGAACCUCGUGCGCUUCGUCAGGAGGGACAUGUUCGCCGCCCUGGAGAGCGGUAGCACUAAUUACUAUGACGCUUGUCACACGGAAGGGGUCUGAGGUGGGAGGCACCACUUUCCCCUCUGCCCCUGGGUGUGUUUGGUUUUAAAGGUUACAGAUUGUGCUGGGGAGCCAGGUACAUGGUUCGGGUUAAACAGGGAGUGUGUAUGUUGCUGCCAUGUUGGUACAAAAUGGCCAGUUGGUAGAAAAAUGCUGGUACUUUCUCACAGCAGACCUGAGGCACACUGCAGUACCCAAGGCCACCAGUCUGGCCUGCACACAGGACCAAGCAUAGAAGUGGAGACCCUCUGCCAAAGCAGUCUCCAUCUUGGAAAGUUUGACCUCAGUCUUUGGUCAUGAUUGCCCCAAGUGAUUUUUCCAGAAACAGGGUUGGCAGACUUGACUGCGGAGGGCCAUUCAGUAAACGUUUUUGUGUACGUGGACGCAGGGGCUACUGCAUACAGCCUCUGCUGUAGUUCCUCUACUCUGGCAUGUGUCUGCCAGCCACACAUGAAGUCGUACGAGAUGGGCAAAGGGGAGGGGGCGCAUUUAGUUCCCAGGCUGUCAUCUGCCAACCCGUGGUCCGCUAUGGUUGCACACACAGCAUUGCAGAGCCAAUUGAAUGCCAAGAGCAACUCAAUGGUUCCUCCAGCAUCUUUGAUUAAAAAAAACACACAGUGUUUGGUCUAUCUGCUCCCCCCCCGCCUUCCCCCCACACACUUUUCACACACCUAGAGGGGGCUUAGGCACCAAAUCAGGGUGAAUCGUAGAAAGGCGAUUAGGGUAAUACUUGAUGUUAACGAUGAUUGUGGUACAAGUACUGUUGGGUACGUUUUCCAUAUCUGUCUGCUGUAGUCUCUUUGCCAUAAAGGCUGAACUUUUUGUAUUCUGCUUAGUAUUUUUAUAGUCUAGGAAAAUAUUUUCUAAGACUAGUUUUAGAUGUGUCCCUAUUCGUAGUGUUCUAUUUUCUCUACCCGCCUAGUGGAGAGAAAGAGGCUGAUUUCAAACCCUUUCUUAUAGGUCCAUUCUUUGGGAAGUCGUAGAAAUGGAUCACUUUUAAAGUGUUUUCAUCAAGAAAAUGGCAAAUUCUAGUUGACUUUUUAAAUACAUUUUUAGAACAACAAAAAACUUUGUUACUAGAUAGUUUAAUUAAUCUUUGUAUGGUAUUUUAUACAUUGGAAACAAUUAAAAUUAACCCUGUGAUUUCUGAACUAAUGUGCUAGUUCUCUUGGAAGAAGUGUAAAGUUCAGUGAGGUUCUCCCGGUCCCUGGCAUUCCACCCUUGUCACUUUCAUUUUUGCCCAGUGUCCCAUUUGAAGAUGUCUGUCUACAAAUAAAUUUGUGAAGAGUA